AUGGCUGAACUCGAACACAUCGCUCUCACGACUAAGCCUAGUGCCAAGAUUAGCUACACUUUUCAUGGACCUACCGGCACAUCAAGUCCGGCACUGAUCGUCUUUUUGAACGGUUUGGGACUCCCACAGGCUGCCUGGGGGCCAACGAUUGAGUUGCUCCAAGAGAAUCAUAAGGGAGCGGGACUACCAGCCAUCCUCACAUAUGACCGGUUCGGGCAAGGACAGACCACCGAUUCGGAUCCUGCCGACGAGGGAGCCGCAGACCCAACACAUGGCCACGACUGUCUCGAAGUUGUGAGAGAUCUUCGCCAGCUUCUCUCCCAAAUCACCAAAGACAAGCUGGAAAUUUCCGAUCUCGGUAGUCUACCGCUGGUGCUGGUGGCAAACUCAAUCGGCGGCGCUCUAGCUCGUCUAUACGCGCAAGAGUUCCCUGGUACAGUCGCUGGUCUCUUGCUCCUCGAUAGCGUUCUGGCCAAUUCCGACUUUGUGUCGAUCUUCCCCGACCCAGAUGCCGAGGGCUUUGAUGCUGGCAAUCUCCCCUCUGAUAUCACGGCUGAUGGAUUGCGCGCGGCUCGUGAGCGUACUCGAAGGAUCUUCCAUCCUGAUAAUGGAAGUCAGGAGGGCUUGAGUCGAAAAAAUUUGAGGACUCUUCUCCCAGCAAGUGACGGUCCAGUUCUGCAAGGACCCAAUGGUCAUCCAUUUGUUACCGUGGUCGGUCAUGACUUUGAGACUUUCGCAGAAAAUUCAUCUAGGAUGGGUCUUCCGCAGGUGUAUUCUUUGAAAUAUACAAACCCGUACUGGCAUAAGUACAAUGAGGGUUUGGUCAAGAUUACGGUCCCGGAGAGAAGCAAGGGUCCCCUGAUUGCGCCUGGAGCAGGACAUUUCAUUCAACAGGAUAACCCCAAUUUUGUGGCACAGGAACUCGGUGAGUUGCUCUCAAAGGCCCUGUGA